AAAUGUGGUCCAAUAAACAAACAUUUAAGAUUAUCGCUGUAUUCGGUGUCCGUUAUCUGCGAGUGUUUUGUAACACGCUGCUCUCCUUUUGCACAAUCGAUUGGAUAAUGAGUGCUCGUCCUCUGGAUAACCUUUGGACGACAUAUCGAAAAAUCGUCGGUUCUUCCACCUUCAGUCGAUAACACCACACCAGCCCGAAGAGGAGGUAAGGCGCAUUCGAAUUCAAAUGUUCUCGCGCCCUCUCACCGCAGCCCACCUGUUGAUCGCAUCGGGUCGCAAAGCGUUCACCGCCCCAAUCGCCAGGAUGAAUGGAUACGCCAAGGAACUGUUGGACAGGAAUGUCUGGGACUCUGAUCCAGAGCUCUACGACAUGAUGAAGAAUGAGAAGAAGAGACAGCAGGGAAGUUUGGAGUUGAUCGCUUCAGAGAAUUUUACCUCUCUGCCGGUGCUUCAAUGCUUGAGCUCUUGCCUCCACAACAAGUAUUCUGAGGGUUUGCCUGGACAGAGGUACUAUGGUGGAAACGAAUUCAUUGACCAGGUGGAGAUUUUGGCGCAGAAGAGGGCUUUGGAGGCGUACAAUCUGGAUCCGGAGAUGUGGGGUGUCAACGUGCAACCGUACUCCGGAUCUCCGGCCAAUUUCGCCGUCUACACCGGUCUGAUCGAACCGCACGGUCGCAUCAUGGGUUUGGACCUUCCGGACGGUGGUCAUCUCACCCACGGCUUCAUGACGCCGACGAAGAGGAUCUCAGCGACUUCCAUCUUCUUCGAGUCGAUGCCCUACAAGGUGGACCCCAAGUCCGGUCUGAUCGAUUACGAGGCGCUCGCCAAGUCCGCCGUCCUCUUCAAGCCCAAAGUCAUCGUCGCCGGAGUCAGCUGUUACUCUCGCGCCCUCGACUACAAGAAGUUCCGCGAGAUCGCGGACAACGUCGGCGCUUACCUCUUCUCCGACAUGGCGCACAUCUCCGGUCUCGUCGCCGCCGGCGUCACUCCAUCUCCGUUCGAGUACAGCGACGUCGUCAGCACGACAACGCACAAGAGCUUGCGCGGUCCCAGGGCCGGCGUCAUCUUCUUCAGGAAGGGUCUCAGAUCCGUGAACGCCAAGGGCGAUAAGGUCAUGUACGAUCUGGAGUCGCGCAUCAACCAAGCGGUGUUCCCCGGUCUCCAAGGCGGUCCCCAUAACAACACGAUCGCUGCCAUGGCGACGGCUUUCAAGCAGGCCAAGACUCCGGAAUUCGUCGAGUACCAGAAGCAGGUCGUUGCGAAUUCCCGUCGUCUCGCCGCCGGUCUUCAAUCGAAGGGAUACAACAUCUCCACCGGCGGCACCGACGUCCACAUGUUGCUCGUCGAUCUGCGCGACUUCGGUCUGCCCGGCUCCAGGGCCGAGUACAUCCUCGAGGAGAUCAACAUCGCCUGCAACAAGAACACCGUGCCCGGAGACAAGAGUGCCAUGAACCCAUCCGGUUUCAGACUGGGCACUCCGGCGUUGACGACUCGCGGCUUCCUCGAGAAGGACAUCGACCAGGUGGUCGACUUCAUCGACAGAGGUCUGAAACUGGCCAAGGACAUUAAGGCCGCCAAACUCGUCGACUUCAAGAAGAUCGUCCACGAGGAUGAAACAGUUAAAGCGAACGUUGCCGCACUCAAGGCCGAAGUGCAAAGCUUCAGCGAGAAAUUCCCGUUACCUGGACUACCAGAGUAUUAAUCACACAAGCCACCUUCCAAUAAUUACAACAAUCUCAAUUUCUAAACGUUUCAAAAACGUUACCUUUCUCGAAUUCCAAAUAGAAAUAAAUAUAUUAUUAUCCUUUUAUGAAAUAAAAUUAUGAAAUUGUAUUUUA